AUGGUUAUCACGAGAGAUACAAACAGUUAUUCAACACUAAUGUUCGAGAUCAAUUGCUCUAUUGGAUAUCAAAGAAGAGAAAGAACAAGUAAACUAAAGGAUAGUAGCUCACCUGAAAGUAGUACUUAUGUAUUAUUUAAAGAACUCUUUACACAUUCUUUGUAUAUUGCUGCUCGAAUGGGAGCGUUAGAUCUCAAUGAAUUGGUAUACAAUAUGUUUCCAGAAGAUUUGUAUAUCAGACCAAUUUUAGAACGAGCUGUUCGCUAUGGUCAUCUUUCAAUAGUCGAAUUCAUUCAUAACAAAGUCAAAUAUGGAAGUGCUUUUGAUAACAUUAAGACUAUCAUCAGACAACAGAAUAUAUUGGUUGCAUGCUGUGGUGAUCUUGAAAUCCUCAAGUUGUUAUUCAAAGAAAGACCUGACCAAGUUGAUUUAAACAUUAUUUUAAAUAUAUCUAAUUGA